AUGGGGAAUUUGCGACGGCUGGUCGCCCCGCGAUCAUAUGGAUCCAACGCUACCUACGUUUACGAAUAUUCGCGGGGGUUGAAUGGUGUCGACGUGCCCAAGGAUGUCAUAUUCACGCGCAUCAUCCUCGUCUCCAUCCUAGCGGUGGCCUUUAUCGUGUUCUGCGGUCGAAUCGCCCAAAUCAGCCAUUCCAUGCUCCGCCAUAUUACGUCGCUAGGAUCAAGCAAGAAGCAGCAAACAUAUUGGAGCGUCGAAGAGUCGUCGUUAUGGACAAACAUCAAGAAACACGUUCUCUAUGCGCCUCUGGGUCGGAAAAGACAUAACCGGGAGAUCCAACUGUCAACUGCAGUCAACAUCGGCACGCUACCCUCCAGAUUUCAGACGGUCUUGAUCAUGCUCUACAUUGCAUGCCAGUUCGCCUACUGCGUACUCUUGGACUACAAGGCAAACGUCAGAGAGGCUUUGGUUGCUGAGCUUCGUGGACGAUCCGGAACGCUGGCUGUCUUGAAUAUGGUGCCUCUGUUUCUUCUCGCAGGCCGCAAUAACCCACUGAUCCCGCUGCUGCGACUCAGCUUCGAUACUUACAAUCUUCUCCACCGGUGGCUGGGCCGUCUCGUUGUUCUUGAGAGUUUGGUGCAUACAGCAGCAUGGGCAGUGAAUGCAUGCCGUGAGCAGGACUUUGCAGACAUGCUAUGGCGUAUUCGCACCGUCCCGUUUUUCUCAUGGGGUCUCCUGGGUACUUGUUCCUUUGUCUGUCUGGGUCUUCACUCGCCCUCGCCGAUUCGUCAUGCUUUCUACGAGACCUUUCUGCAUCUCCACCAGCUGUUUGCCUUUUUGGCCAUUGUGGGGGUCUACGCACAUUUGCAUAUUGACAACUUACCGCAAAAGCCGUGGCUCAUCGCGAUCAUCGUCAUCUGGCUAUUCGACCGGUGCUGUCGCAUGGGCCGACUUAUCUACCUGAACCUCUCCCUCAAAAAGGGAUCGACAAAACUCGUCGUCGAAGCCCUACCAGGUGAAGCAUGUCGAGUCACCUUCUACCUCCCCAAACGCGUGCACAUCAACCCAGGCUCCCACGUCUACGCCUACAUUCCCAGCAUCUCAAAAUGGAUGUCGCACCCCUUCUCAGUCGCCUGGGUCGAUCCCAGCACCUGCGUGACCCCCACAACAGCAACUGAAGCCUUCACCCAAAGCAACGACAACUCGAACAACCCCUCAACCUCAACAAUAGACAUCGACCCCUCCCUCCUCGAAAAACAAGCCAUCGUGAACCUCGACGAAUACCUCGACACAACCAACAAACCAACCUCCGUCUCCCUCAUCAUCAGCGCUCGCCAGGGCAUGACCCGCAAACUCUACAACGCAGCCUCCUCCGCCCCAAACAACACUCUCCACACAUCCGGCUUCAUCGAAGGCCCCUACGCCUCCCACUCCAUCAGCAUGGCCAGCUACGGCACAGCGGUCCUCUUCUCCGCAGGCGCCGGAAUAACACACCACCUCCUCUUUGUCCGCGACCUGCUCAUCCGCGCUGCCGAGGGCCGCGUCGCGACGCACCGCAUCUACCUCAUCUGGUCCGUCCGCAGCACCGACCAUCUCACCUGGGUGCAGAGCUACAUGGACCAAAUCCUGCGACUACCCUGCCGGCGAGAGAUCCUGGUUAUCAAGCUCUUUGUCUCGAAGCCCAAGAGUACGCGGGAGAUUGUCUCUCCUAGUGCGACGGUGCAGAUGUUCCCGGGACGGUGUCGGCCAGACGUCGUUCUUGAUGAAGUGCUUCCGGCGAGAGUUGGUGCUACGGCGGUGUCGGUUUGUGGGCCUGGUGCGUUUGCGGAUGAGGUGCGUGCUGCGACGAGGGAGCGGAUUGGAAUGGGUGCUGUGGUGGAUUUUACGGAGGAGGCUUUUACGUGGUGA